CAAGAAAUCUGAACUGAUUUCAGAAUGGAUUAAUUAAAUUUAUGUCUCUUCGCAAUGGCUACUUGAAAAACGUGUAUAUAUACUGAAGAAAACACUGACGAUCAUCAAUAACCGCAUCACCAUGCAGGCUUUAACUACUUUGUUAAUUCUUUUUCUGGCAACCGCCGCUUACAGUGUACCAACUGGCCGUAUCGUCGGUGGUACUGAUGCACCACGGGGUAAAUACCCAUACCAAGUAUCAUUGAGAGCUCCCAAACAUUUCUGUGGAGGUUCCAUCAUAAGCAAACGUUACGUUCUCACUGCGGCUCACUGUCUUGUUGGAAAAUCGAAACACCAAGUUACUGUCCAUGCAGGUAGCGUACUUUUGAACAAAGAAGAAGCAGUUUACAAUGCAGAAGAAUUGAUUGUCAAUAAGAACUACAACUCUAUUAGACUUAUCAAUGAUAUUGGUCUAAUACGUGUGUCGAAAGACAUUUCAUACACUCAAUUAGUGCAACCAGUAAAACUACCAGUCAGUAACACUAUUAAAGCUGGAGAUCCAGUUGUUUUGACCGGCUGGGGAAGAAUAUAUGUGAAUGGACCUAUCCCUAACAACCUCCAACAAAUUACUUUGUCCAUUGUAAACCAACAAACUUGCAAAUUCAAACACUGGGGAUUAACUGACAGCCAAAUUUGUACUUUUACCAAACUGGGUGAAGGAGCUUGCAAUGGUGACUCCGGUGGUCCACUUGUAGCCAAUGGUGUCCAAAUUGGUAUUGUAUCUUACGGACAUCCAUGCGCCGUUGGAUCCCCAGAUGUCUUUACCAGAGUCUAUUCUUUCCUUGAUUGGAUUCAGAAAAACCAAUUAUAAACGAAGAUUAAUUAUAAACAAUGUUCUAAUUACCUUUUGUUACUGUUAAAUAAAAUGACGACUUAUGGUACUUCAUAAGAAA